AUGUUAAUAAUGAAUAAUGAAUAUAAUGAAUUAUUAUUUUGGAAAGUUUUUAAAAAUAAAUAUUUAUUAAGUUAUAUUUUAAAAAAUAAAUGUUGUCAUAAAAGUAAAAAAUUUAAAACAAUUACAUCCAUAGGUUCAAUGAUAAAACAUAAACAAUACCAACUCUUGAUAUGUAAAUUAAAAGCAGAUGAAAAUUUAAUUUUUAAGAGAAUAGAAAGAAAUGUUGAUUUCAAUCCUUAUGAUAAUGAUGAUAGAUAUAAUGAAAUCAUUAAUAAAAUAGAAGAUAUAGAAGUAUUCAAAGAGGUAUAUUCAUUAUUACUUUUUAAGGGUUAUCUAUAUACUAGAGAGGAUCCAGAGAUUUUAUUCAGAGAGAUUUGGGGUAUCAAAUCAGUGGGUUUAUUUGAUAUAUAUAUAAAAUAUAGGCCAGAAGAAUUGCAAACCUUUAAUAUUACAACACAUAUAGACUCAAUCUUCGAAAAAAAUCAUCCAAAAUUAAUAAAAAGGGUUUUAAAAUUUUUUGAAGAGUCCAUCAAUCAUAAUAAACCAUUUACUUUAACCAAAAAUGAAAGAAAUUAUCUCAUUAAUCAAUGUUUAUAUUAUUGUGAAUAUGGAAUCAGUAGUGAAGAUUUUAAAGAAAAGAUGAAAAUAAUAUCGAGUAUUCCAAUAUCGCCAUCUUCAAUAUUUCAAGAUUCCAAAAAAAUAUUUUCAGGUAUAUAUAGAGGUGCGGAUGUAGCUUGUUAUCUAAAAUAUCAAAAAUCAAUACCUUUUGGAUUUAAGAAUAUUCAAACAAGAUUUAGUCUCUCUAAUGGAAUUUCAUGGGAUUUUUUCUCUAUUGAUAAGCUGGGAAAUGAAAAUAUUGGGCGUUCUGUUUAUAGAAUAAUUCAUUUAAAUAUGCUUUCUAGUCUUUGUUUUGAAUUUGAUUAUGCUAUUUAUAACUACAUAAAACAUGUUAAAGGAAAUUUUGAGUGUAUCUCUUUAUCUAUCAAUUCAGUUUUAUUAUAUUUUAAAUUGUAUUAUUGCAACAAUGAUUAUUAUAGUAAUUCAAAAAGUAUACCAGCAUCAAUUCAAACUCAAAUUGAUUUAAUAAUUGAAAAUGGUAAACAUAGACGUUGUACAAUAUCUCAAUCAAUUAAACAAUUAUUUCAAUUAUUAAUCAUUGAAUCAAAAUCAAUUAUUUUAUAUGCAUUUUAUUUAAAAAAAUAUAAUGAACCAAUUGAUACCAUUCAACUCAAUGAAGAAGUUCAAUUAUUAUUAAUAUAUUACAUGACAAAAACCUAUAACACCAAUAUAUUAAAGUAUCUAUUGAAAAAAAAUUUAAAAAUCAAUGUUGGAAAAUUAGAUUCAAAAUAUAUUUGUGAAUCAUAUUUCGAUAUUUUAUUCAAAAAUAAUCAUAUUAAUAUAAACGAUAUUUUUAUGUUCUACAAAAUCUACACAUCACAAAAAUCAAUCAUUAUAGAAUAUUUUGAUGAAAAGCCACUAAAUGAUGUAAUAUCAACAAAGAAACUUAAUGAUUUGGGUAAUAAACAAGUACGUUCAAUUUUAGGUUAUAAAUCAUCAUCGAAAUGGAAAGAAAUUACUUCAAAUCUAAUUGAUAAUGAUAUGAUUGUUACAAUUAAAGAUAAAGAAACAAUCGAUUGGCUAUCAGAUAUAGAAACAGGUGGUUGUAGUAUUUUAAAUAUAAGAAAUGCUUUACAUUCAAAAUUAAAACAAAUGAAACUUGAUUUUAGUACAUCGGAAUUAUUAGAUUAUGCAAGAAUCAAAUUUAAGCAAGUACUACCAAUUUUAGAUUCAAAUAAACAGUUGUGUAAUAUUCACAUUUUACGUACUCAUGAUGAUAUUGAAUCAUUAAUCAAUGGUUUAAACCAAUCAAACUUUAAUGACAAUAAAGAUUUAUUUAAGUAUUAUAUGAUUCAAGUAAUUCAAUUUGGUUCAAGAAAUUCAAUGAAAUACCUAAGAUUUAUUUGUGAUUCUAUAGACGAGUUAUUGGUGGACUAUACUGGUUGGGGUACUUUAGUAAUUAAAACUUUAAAUUACAAUUUAAGAAGGCUUUAUAUUAACUCAUACCUCGAUCAAGGAGAGAAUUGGGACUAUUCAGCAGGUUAUCAUGAAAAUGAAAAAUUCCAAGAAUACAAAAUACCAACUCAACAAACAUGUCAAAUAAUCAAUCUCUCUAAAAUUAAAGUCAAUUUCAAUAACUUUCCAAAUGAAACCUCUUUUUUAUUGCAAACAUUUAUCGAACUUUUAAAUUUUGAAGGUGUUCAAUUUAUUCUUGAUAAUUUAAUUGAUAAAGAUUUAAUAUUAAAUGAAAAAGCAUUUAAAGAUCAUAAUCAUGAUAGAAUCUAUACAUCCAAAUAUUUAUAUAAAGAUUUAAUUGAUAUGAUUCUAUUUUUAAUUAAUAAAUUUAAAGAUUGUCAAUUAUCAUUACCAAAUCUAUCAUUAAUAUUAAAUUUCUUAUAUUUAAAGUUAAUUAGAGUCAAUAAUUUAACAAUUGAUCAAAUCAAAACAGCUCAUCAAUUAAUAUCAAACUAUAUUGAAAUAGAUCGUUCAGCUCACAUUUCAUACUAUUAUUUAAAAAUAUUAUCUCCAAUUAUUGCAUCAUAUAUUACCAUUUUUAGAGAUCCUAAGAGUGGCGAUGAUAAAAGACCAUUACUUUAUUAUAAUUUAAAUACAUCAGUAUAUACGUUCGAAUACAUAUUUACAAGUAGAAAUAAUAACGAUUUAUACCAAUUUAUAAUUUCAACAGUGAUUGAUAUUGGUAAAGUUAGACUUAAUAUAAAAACAUUUUCUAAAAUACUUUUGGAUCAUAAUAAUCCAAGAAUUAAUUUAUUUUUACAUUAUUUCGAAAAUGAAUUAAAAUUCAGAAAGGAAAAUCGUUUAAAAAAACCAUUUUUAGAAUAUAAUGUAUUGAAAUUAAUAAUUAAAACAUUUGAUUUAGAAUCAUUUAUUAUAUUAGAUACUUUAUUUGAGAGUCAUAAUGGUAAUGAUGAACAAGAGGGUUCGAAUAACAACAGGGUUUUAAACGAAUUAGAGAAUUGUUAUUCGGAUAAACCAUUAUCAUCUAAUAUGGUUGAAUGGUUUGGUAUAAUUAUAUACAAAAAUUUUUCAGAUAAGCAAGAUAUUAUAGAUUACUUAUUUAAAAAAUAUAAACACCAAUUGGAACCAUUUAUAAUGUUCUAUAAAUCAAAACCAAAAAAUAUUGAUCUGUAA